GGUGCAUGGAUGCCGGCGACCAAAACAAAACACCUACAAUCGCAAUUCCUCAGCGUUUUGCUAUACUCUUUGCAAUGCAGUCUGUUGAAGAGCUUUAUGAUCAAUACAAGAGCAAGCCUCAGGCUUCGCUCCUCGCUGAUGAUGCUACGCUCCAAUAUAUCACGUCCGGCGUCACCGUGACCGGAGCCAAUGCUAUCAUUACCCGUCGCGCCAAGUACCGCGAUGAGAUCACUGUUACCGAGAACGUUAUUGCAAAACAUGUCGCGUCGGAAUCCAUCGUUUUCGAGGUUGCGGCGACUAUCACGUUCACCAAUGGCCCUGGUUGGUUGGUACCCGGCAUUGACGACAAUUUCCUUUUCGACAAGACUAUCGAGAUUCCUCUCGUAUAUGCGGUUCGCUUCGAAGAAAAAAAGAUUAAGUCUAUCAAAUACUUCUGGGAUGGAGCAGCCGUAUUGAAGAGCUUGGAUGUUAUUGGUGCACGAGGGCGUGGAUGGCCGAUUAAGGACGGCAAGGAUCAAUGCACGAUGCUUUCUCAAGCCGCUCAAGCGUCAAAAACGGCUAUUGCAGCAAGCGAACGCUCGUCUAGCACAUCAGCCCCUGUUCGCGGAGGCCAGCAGAAACUGACACUUUUCGAUGCCCAGCCUAACGAGCAGCAAUACGCUGUCCAACAAGAUCGUACACCGAGACCUGCGGCGAAGCCUACUCGCGCUCCUGCCCGUAGAUUGGAUGACAUCCUCGCCCCACCCGAGGAGCUUUCUACACCCAAACACGUUACCGUCCACCACCGCGACUUCUCCUUCGAGGAUGUAAGAUCAGACAACGACUACAAUCGUCGUGAUCGCCGCCACGGCAACCUUAGUGAUGAGAAACACUGGGACUUUGGUACGCCUGACGACAAGGUACUCGCUGAAGUUAGGUCGAGACAAGUUCAGGGUGCACGAGGAGGAAUGAGAAAUAUUUCGAGUGAAUCUCCUCAGGAGGAGAAUGCGGUUGGACCCCAAAUUCAGCCUCAGAGGGACAUAAAGGCGCAUUGGGAUUUCGCGUCUACGGGCCAAACACCGACAGCACAACUGGGAGAGGGCCGUGAGUCAGCGAUGGCGCACUGGUCAUUAGCUGAAGGGGACGAGGAGAAUGUGUCUGGCGGAUUGAAAGAGUUGGAAUUGAAUGGACGACCGAGGCCUAUGAGGGAUUUGAACGCUCAUUGGGAGAGUCCGAGUGUGAAGCAGGUUCAGAACGUCAAGCCGGAGAGAAGAGGAUUGGACAGCCACUUUGAAUUUGCGGGAGGGGAGUCACCAAAGCCGCACCAGUUUUCGAGGAGCAACCGUUCGCAGAUGAUGCCCUCCGUAGACCUCGGAUUCUGAGCGGCAUAGAAUCACAGCACGAACGAAAUGAACGAAGAGCGACGCACACAAUGGUAUGAUUUCUAAUACGCGCCACCCGAAUGCCCCAACACCUCCUUCGGCAGGCUGAUAUAACUUGUUUGGCCUGCGUUUAUUAUGGUCAGAGGAUACCCUACCGUGUUGAUAGAGCGGUUCCAUACCUUUCUUUUUCAUUAACUUGUUUGCUUCUUGUACUGAUGUCACAAUUGUUGACAUAUCUGUUUCCAC